CAUAUGUUCCGUAUGGCGAGGGAGAGAAAAAGUGAUGACGUGAGGUUCCUUGAGAUUAGGAGGUGAUAAGGAAAUAAAGCAGGUGACUGGGAAGGGAGAACUGGGAAUUCUGUAAGAGAAGGGAGACUUGAGAGUUAAUAACCAUCUCUCAGACGAGCAGGAGUUCUCUGCAGGUAGCAGACUGGAAAUGCGGACUCGUGCACCCUCUUGGACAGGCUCUGUUGCUUUCUGUUCCUUCGCUUGCAGGAAGGUGCAUAUUUAUUUAAAACGGAUUGAAUUUCCUGCUCAAUGGCUGGUCUUGAUUCCUCAAGACUAGUGGGUAUUUCCUUUUAAUGUUUCCAAUUCUGUUUUUUUUCUUUUUGAGGUUGAGGGGGAAGAGAUCGGUUGAAAUUCUGGUUGGCUAAGUGAGAGAUUCUCAGAAAUGAGAAAAGGGGGAGGAAACGGACUUAGAAGGCGGCAGGAGCCCCCGGUCGCCCCCCUUUGCUGUGCACCCACUACCUCCGCCUGGUGACCUGCCGUGGAGACCCCAGGAGGCUGCAUAAAUAUUUGAUCAGCCUUUCGCCAGCGCGUUGCCAGCACUCGUCGGCGGGACUUGCCAGGCAUUGCCAGCGCCGCGCUGAAGACAGCGCCGUGGCCGCCGGGGUCUUUGGGAGGACCAGCUCUGCGCUCGCCCCCUCCCCCCGGGCUUCUGGGCUUGGCGGCGGCCGGGCCGCGGCGCCCACCAUGCACGGUUGCACGCGGCUGGCGCUGCUCUGCGCGUUGCCCUGGCUUCUGCCGGCGGUGGCACCCGGGCGCCCCUCACCACCCGCAGCGCUACGCCGCGACCCUCGCAACCCCGCCAGGGGUGCAAAGUUCGAUCACAUCUACAGCGGGGUGGUGAGCCUCCCCACCGAGAACAUCUACUCCUUCAACUACACCAGCCAGCCCGGCCAGGUGACUGCCGUGCGGGUGUAUGUGAAUAGCUCCUCCGAAAACCUCGACUACCCGGUCCUGGUUGUGGUUCGCCAGCAGAAAGAGGUGCUGUCCUGGCAGGUUCCUCUGCUCUUCCAAGGACUAUAUCAGAGGAGCUACAACUACCAGGAAGUGAGCCGUACCCUUUGCCCCUCAGAAGCAACCAAUGAAACAGGACCUCUGGAGCAACUGAUAUUUGUAGAUGUCGCAUCCAUGGCGCCCCUGGGUGCCCAGUACAAACUGCUGGUUACCAAGCUCAAGCACUUCCAGCUGCAGACAAAUGUUACCUUUCACUUCACUGCCAGCCCCUCUCAACCUCAGUAUUUCCUGUACAAAUUUCCUGAAGACGUAGACUCAGUUAUCAUUAAAGUCGUGUCUACAUUGGCUUAUCCAUGCUCUGUUGUCUCAGUCCAGAAUAUCAUGUGCCCAGUAUAUGAUCUCGACCACAAUGUGGAAUUUAAUGGUGUCUACCAGUCCAUGACUAAGAAAGCUGCCAUCACACUACAGAAGAAAGAUUUUCCAGGUGAGCAGUUCUUUGUGGUGUUUGUGAUAAAGCCUGAAGAUUAUGCCUGUGGAGGAUCUUUCUUCAUCCAGGAAAAGGAAAACCAGACUUGGAAUCUACAACGUGCAAAGAACCUUCAAGUGACCAUUGUUCCUUCCAUUAAAGGAUCCGUUUAUGUGAAAUCCAUUCUUCUCAGUUUCCUCAUCUUCUUCUCCUUCUACUUGGGAUGCCUGUUUGUUGCAUUCAUUCAUUAUAUCAGGUUUCAGAGAAAAUCCACUGAUGGAAGCUUUGGUUCCAAUGAUGGCUCUGGAAAUAUGUCGGUGUCAAAUCCCAUUGCUGCCAGUACCCCUGAAGGGAGCAAUUACGGGGCAAUAGAUGAGUCAAGCUCCAGUCCUGGCAGACAAAUGUCCUCCUCUGAUGGUAGACAGCCAUGCCAGUCAGACACUGACAGCUCUGUGGAGGAAAGUGACUUUGACACCAUGCCAGACAUUGAGAGUGAUAAGAACAUCAUCCGCACCAAGGUGUUCCUUUACCUGUCAGAUCUGUCCAGGAAGGACCGAAGAAUUGUCAGCAAAAAGUAUAAGAUUUAUUUUUGGAACAUCAUUACCAUUGCUGUGUUUUAUGCACUGCCUGUGAUCCAACUGGUUAUCACCUACCAAACAGUUGUCAACGUCACUGGCAACCAGGAUAUCUGCUACUAUAACUUCCUCUGUGCUCACCCCUUGGGUUUCUUGAGUGCCUUCAACAACAUUCUCAGUAACCUGGGCCAUGUGCUCCUGGGCUGCCUCUUCCUGCUGAUAGUCUUGCACCGGGAUAUUCUCCAUCGAAAAGCUCUAAAAGCCAAGGAUAUCUUUGCUGUGGAGUACGGGAUUCCCAAACACUUCGGUCUCUUCUAUGCCAUGGGCAUUGCACUGAUGAUGGAAGGGGUGCUCAGUGCUUGUUACCACGUCUGCCCCAAUUACUCCAACUUCCAGUUCGACACCUCCUUCAUGUACAUGAUUGCCGGCCUCUGCAUGCUGAAGCUCUACCAGACCCGCCACCCGGACAUCAACGCCAGCGCCUACGCCGCCUACGCCUCCUUUGCCCUGGUCAUCACACUCACCGUCCUCGGAGUGGUGUUUGGGAAAAAUGACGUGUGGUUCUGGGUCAUCUUCUCUGCAAUCCAUAUUCUGGCUUCUCUGGCCCUCAGCACCCAGAUCUACUACAUGGGUCGUUUCAAGAUAGAUUGGGGAAUUUUCCGGCGGGCCGCUAUGGUGCUCUACACGGACUGCAUCCAGCAGUGCAGCCGGCCUCUGUAUAUGGACAGAAUGGUAUUACUCAUCGUGGGGAACCUGGUUAACUGGUCCUUUGCCCUCUUUGGAUUCAUCAACCGACCCAGGGACUUCGCUUCCUACAUGCUGGGCAUCUUCAUCUGCAACCUGCUGCUCUACCUGGCCUUUUACAUCAUCAUGAAGCUUCGCAGCUCCGAGAAGAUCCUCCUGAUCCCACUUUUCUGCAUUGUCGCCACCGCUGUCGUGUGGGCUGCCGCCCUGUAUUUUUUCUUCCAGAAUCUCAGCAGCUGGGAGGGAACGCCAGCCGAAUCCCGGGAGAAGAACCGAGAAUGCACCCUGCUGGAUUUCUUUGACGACCAUGACAUCUGGCACUUCCUCUCUGCUACUGCCCUGUUUUUCUCAUUCUUGGUUUUGUUAACCCUAGAUGAUGACCUGGAUUUGGUUCGGAGAGACCAGAUUCCUGUCUUCUAAGCCUCCAGCGUAGAGAGCCAGGGAGAGAGAGCCACUGAUCUUGGUGCUGUUUCAUGAAAAACAUAGGGACUGCAGCAAAGUCACCACUGCCAAACGCUCCACUUGCCCGCUGUCGGGUGAGCGCUGUACACAUUCCCACAGGGAGGAGAGGAGCUAAGGGGGACCCAAACCUGCAAGAAAGGGAGGCAGAAGAGAAGUUGCAGCUGUGAACAAAGAUGAGCCCUCCAGAGUCAGAAACACUCACCAUCCCCUUUUGUUGCAACUCUGAACUAGAUGUGGUCAAGCUGCAUCGAAGUCAACCACCUUGGGACUCCUCCUACCCUCACCUGAGAUUCGCCAGCCAUGGCAGAACCAUGCUACACUCUGCCCUCCACCUGCCUUCCUGCCCAGAGAGGCCAGCAGCCCAGAUUUCCUGCCCAGAAACUCCAGGCUGGCCCCCUAUGCACCUCUGCAACAUCCGCUGCUCUAGAUAUCCCCAAACACCAGCCUCCUUCUCCAAGGUCCUGGGAUGAUGUGAUUCCCUGAAGUCUGGUAGAGGGGUGGCUCCAAGGCCCUGCCCAACUGGGAUAGAUGUUCUAUAGCACCAGCUGGUCACCUCCACUGCAGGGAUGCUGUACGCCUCCCUCAGGUUCCUAGCAGCAUUAGGAAGACUCCAGGUUGGGCUCCAGGUUGUCACACACUCUUGGCGGGUAACUGUCUCUGGGACCAAGGCGUGGGUGCUUCCCUGUUCCCUGAGUCUUCAUCCCACUGUUGUGUGUUGACCCCACGACUCAGGCUCUAUCUUCUUGGGAAGGCCCUGUUUCUCCACAGAUCAGCUCCAAGGUGGAAGGGGAAAUGGGAAACUUCUGCCAUCAGGAGGAGCAAGAGGAAUGCCUGACAGCACUAGGAGACUGGUGACAUCAGCAUCAGGUCAACGGGCCUUGCACAAAAGACUUGGGCUCCUGGAACAGAUUUAGCAAAGGCAAAAGUACCUCCAAUUCAAAUAGCUCCAUCCUGUGCCCACAUCUCCCUUGGGGAAGACACAAGUGUUCUCAUCAGGGUCACUGCUCUCAGGCUCCUGUGCCACUGACCAUGACCCUCCUCUGCUGCUUCAUGCAGAUCAGAGCUCCAGACCUUCCCCCCAAGGUUCUCUGGAGGCCACUCUCAGGGUGAGCGCAUCUCCCUCCUCCUCUCCAGUGGCAGAGAGCUCAGCCAGUUUGGGGUUGUCUCGGAUUCACAUUCUCUCCCCAGGACAGUGUUGAAAAGCUCAGCACCUCCCACCCUCACUCUCACGCUGGUGGCUGCUCUGCCCCCAGGAAGUCUCAUUUUGACCAAACUCCCUUGUUACCUGGGCUAGGAUGCCAUCAUUCUUGUACAUGCAAACACAUGCACACAGGUAUGUCUGCCUGUGAAACUGAAGUUACUUUCUCACCUCUGCUUUCCUGAUCUUUCAUUAGAGAAAUGGAUCAGCCACCCUUUUUAAAAUAUAUUAUUCUUUCUCUAAAAUAAUGUUCAGAACACAUUUUGGAAGUUUAAAUAGCAAACUUUCCCUAAUUUUAAGAACACGGAGAUGCUUUCAAUGAAGCAUUGUGACCUUUUUUUCUAAAAUGCUCCCAAAUUUGUAAUUGGUCUUCUGUUAUUCCUUAUUUCUUAAAAAUUGUUGGCUUCCAUAUGCCAUGUGACUUCCCAGAUGGCGCUAGUGGUAAAGAACCACCUGCCAAUGCAGGAGACAUAAGAGACAUGGGUUCGAUCCCUGGGUCUGGAAGAUCCCUUAGAAGAGGGCAUGGCAACCCACUCCAGUUUUCUUGCCUGGAAAAUCCCAUGCACAGAGGAACCUGGCAUGCUGCAGUCCAUGGGGUUGCAAAGAGUUGGACAUGACUGAGCGACUGAACUGAACUGAACACAUAGGCCAGAUGAAGGCCACCUAGUAAAUGGUUCUAUCAAUCUAACAUCUAAAACAAAUUUCAAACCUGUUUAACUUUGCUGAGUUGACCUAAUUAUUUUUAAUGCACUAAAGGAUUUUGUAUCCAAAAAAGGUGGGGGCAGGAUGUAAACAACAAAGUUUGUUCAAGCACCCCUGUGGCCUGAAGUGAAUAAAUUGUAGGACAAUUAA